AAUUUUUCAAGUGUGAAGUUUAUACAAAAUGUAAAAGUAGGUCAAAAGUGAGUCCGUCAAAAACAAGAAGAAGAAAGUCUAUUUUGAGGUUAUUCAGAGACAUUAUUGAUUUCGUUAAUAAUUUAGCAUUUUUAUAGAAAUUAUAGGUGAAAAAUAUAUCUAAUGUGAGUAUUUUACAUCUAUUUAUCAAAGUGAUUAGUUCAAAUUAAACUAAAAAUACGACAAAGAAACUAUGUCACUUAUAUCCAGAAGUAUUAGUGGAUUUUGGAAUUCUGUAAAUAAUAUUCAGGCAUACUCUGCUCAAGUAACAUGCCUAAGGUUUAGAUACCAUGCUGACAAAGUUGCUAAGGGUCGUGUUAUUAGACGAUAUGGUUAUGAUGACCAAAUGCUUCAAAAAGGUUUGCUACCGAGAGAAACAGAUGGAGAACGGGUAUUGACAAUGCCAAUUUACAAACCUAAAGACUCAUGGUCAGAAAAAAGAGCAUUGUUUGGCCAGAAUGAUUAUGUAGAUAUUUUAGGAAACGAAAAGCUGCAUCCUACCAAAAUUUUGUAUAACAUGCCAAGAUGGUUAAGAGGUGUGGGGGGUCACGAAUAUAAAGUUAUGCUACGAAAGAGAAACUCUUUGGUUGGCACAUCAUAUCCUCUUGCUAGACCAACAAAAUGGUAUCAAUUAGAUAAACGAAUUCGAUAUUUAUACAAAUAUUUAAAUAAGAAAACAAAAACUGGCCAUUAUAAUUAGUUAAUUUUAAUUGUAAAUAAAUUAAUACUGUAUUUA